UGAGGGCGUGGCGGGGGUAUAAGUACCGCCGCCAGCAGCCGCCGUCGGUCUCCUUCGCCUCUCUCGCUCGAGCAAGAGUCUGCGGGACCCAGCGGCCCCUGGACGUACAAAGCGCCGGCCGCCGCCAUGAGCACGACCGCAAGCAGCAAGAGCUCGUACCGCAGGAUGUUCGGGGCCGGCAGCCGCCCCAGCACCUCGGGGAGCCGCUACAUCACCUCCGCCAGCCGCUACUCGCUGGGCAGCGCCAUCCGCCCCGGCAGCAGCCGCCUGGUCUCCUCCUCGCCCGGCGGCGUCUACGCCACCAAGGCCUCGGCCCUGCGGCUGCGGAGCAGCCUGCCCCCCACGCGGCUCAUCCACGACACCGUGGACUUCUCGCUGGCCGAUGCCAUCAACACGGAGUUCAAGGCCAACCGCACCAACGAGAAGGUGGAGCUGCAGGAGCUGAACGACCGCUUCGCCAACUACAUCGACACGGUGCGCUUCCUGGAGCAGCAGAACAAGAUCCUGCUGGCCGAGCUGGAGCAGCUCAAGGGCAAGGGCACCUCCCGCCUGGGGGACCUCUAUGAGGAGGAGAUGCGGGCGCUCCGCCGGCAGGUGGACCAGCUCACCAACGACAAAGCCAGGGUGGAGGUGGAGAGGGACAACCUGGCCGACGACAUCCUGCGGCUCAGGGAGAAGUUGCAAGAAGAGAUGAUUCAGCGAGAAGAAGCUGAAAACACCCUGCAAUCUUUCAGACAGGAUGUUGACAAUGCCUCUCUGGCACGUCUUGAUCUUGAGCGUAAAGUUGAGUCCUUGCAAGAAGAGAUUGUCUUCUUGAAGAAGCUUCAUGAUGAGGAAAUCCGGGAACUGCAGGCCCAGAUUCAGGAACAACACAUCCAAAUUGAUGUGGACGUUGCUAAACCAGAUCUCACUGCUGCCCUGCGUGAUGUCCGUCAGCAGUAUGAAAGUGUUGCUGCUAAGAAUCUUCAGGAAGCUGAAGAAUGGUACAAGUCCAAGUUUGCAGACCUCUCUGAAGCUGCUACUAGGAACAAUGAUGCCCUACGUCAGGCCAAACAGGAAGCUAAUGAGUACCGCAGACAAAUACAGUCCCUCACCUGUGAAGUUGAUGCACUUAAAGGAACUAAUGAGUCCCUGGAGCGCCAGAUGCGUGAAAUGGAGGACAACUUUGCUGUUGAAGCUGCUAACUACCAAGACACUAUUACCCGUCUGCAGGAAGAAAUUCAAAACAUGAAGGAAGAAAUGGCUCGCCAUCUUCAUGAGUACCAAGAACUGCUGAAUGUCAAGAUGGCUCUCGAUAUUGAGAUUGCUACCUAUAGAAAACUGUUGGAGGGAGAGGAGAGCAGAAUUACCAUGCCUAUUCCAACUUUUGCUUCCCUGAACCUGCGGGAAACCAACAUUGAUUCUCACCCUAUGGUUGACACCCACUCAAAGAGGACACUCUUAAUUAAAACUGUUGAAACCAGAAAUGGAGAGGUUAUCAAUGAAACUUCCCAGCAUCAUGAUGAUCUGGAGUGAAAACCCUAGAGAAACUGCACACUUCUCACUUGUGCAGUGAAAAGAUUCUUACCAGCAAAAUUUAAAGUCCCUAUCUUAAAGGAAGAAACAGCUUAAGUGCCUUUCUGCAGUUUUUCCAAAAGCGCAAGGUUAUUAUGCUAGAGACUAGGUAUUAGAUCUUGCAAACUGACUCUCCCUGAAGGUUUAGAGUUGAUAAUGGAGUCUAGUUUACAGAUAGCAAUAUCUUGUGCUGCAAUACUGUUUAAGUUUCUGAAUUCAAUAACUGCUUUUUCCAGCACAGUAUGAACAAUUUCACUGCUUCAAUAAAUAUUUGGAAAAUGGC